AUGAUUGUUGAUGAUAAUCCUAAUGAUAGUUCGGGUGAAGCCUAUAAGUUAUGGAGAGAAAUACAAUCUUUUGAGUUUGUGUUUCACUUAUUUUUAAUGAAAGCUAUAUUGGGAAUAACAAACACUUUGUCUCUAGCAUUGCAAAAGAAAGAUCAAGACAUUGUGAGUGCAAUGAGUUUAGUGACAACAUGCAAGGAAAACCUGCAGUUCAUGAGGGAUAAUGAGUUUGAAGAAUUGGUUGAGCAAGCAUCUUUGUUUUGUUACAAACAUGAUAUUAUAGUUCCUACCAUGGAUGAGGAAUAUGUAAUUCCAGGGAGGUCACGGCGUAAUGCUCCAAUGAAGACAAAUUAUCAUCGUUAUCGUGUGGAGAUGUUUAUUCAUGUAAUUGAUGGACAACUUGUGGAACUAAAUGAUCGCUUCAACGAGGUAAGUACUGAGUUACUUACUUGUUUGGCAUGCUUGAGUCCGAAAAAUAACUUUGUAGCUUUUGACAAACGAAAGCUAGUUCGUCUUGCUCAAUUUUAUCCUUAUGAUUUUUCGGAUAGAGACUUAUUGAUGCUUGAAGAUCAACUUGGUGUUUAUGUUCAUCAUAUGCGUUCGAGUACUGAUUUUUCUCAAUUGGAAGGGAUUAGUAGUCUUGCGGAAAAAAUGGUGGAGAAAGGAAUGCAUGAAAUAUUUCCUUAUGUGUAUUUGCUUCUUACAUUGGCUUUGGUUUUACCGGUUGCAACUGCUUCAGUGGAGAGAGCAUUUUCCGCCAUGAAUAUUAUUAAAAAUCCACUUCGCAACAGAAUGGGAGAUCAAUGGUUGAAUGAUAGCUUGAUUGUUUACAUUGAGAGAGAUGUUUUUGCUUGUAUUGAUAACGAAACUAUAAUGCAACGUUUUCAGAAUAUGAAAACUCGUCGUGGACAAUUGUAA